CUGACAGAAGAAGAAGAGUGACCGCGGGCGGUGUUGAUGACGCAGGAAGAGGGAAAUCCAAAACAGCUCGCCUCGCGUCCCCUUCAGCUGGAAGUGAAGAAGUAAAGUUGAGCCCUGACAGCGGUUGUAAAGUGGAAGGCAGUUGUUAAAGCGGGAGAAAAGAUGCAGAGGGCUUCCCGUUUGAAACGUGAACUUCAGAUGCUGAGCACCGAGCCACCUCCCGGGAUAACAUGCUGGCAGACUGAGGAGAGGAUAGACGACCUCCGGGCACAGAUAGUGGGCGGAACUGGGACGCCAUAUGAAGGUGGACUCUUCUCCUUGGAGAUCAAGGUCCCAGAGAGGUACCCAUUUGAACCUCCCAAAAUGCGAUUCUUGACCCCCAUCUACCACCCAAACAUUGACAACUCAGGACGCAUCUGCCAUGAUGCCCUCAAACUUCCGCCAAAGGGUGCCUGGAAGCCAUCCCUAAACAUCUCCACAGUCCUCACCUCCAUUCAACUGCUCAUGGCUGAGCCCAAUCCAGACGACCCGCUCAUGGCUGAUAUAUCAUCAGAGUUCAAAUACAACAAACAGCUGUUCAUGGAGAAGGCCAGGAAGUGGACAGAAGAACAUGCUGUUCAGAAGAACAUGGGAGUCGUGGAGAGCAACAAAGAAAAUACUCCAGAUCAGAAUGUUUCAUCCCGCAAACGGGAGGCUGGCAGUGCACAAACGGAGACAGAGGAGCCCGCAAAGAAAACCUGUGCCUAGUUUCAGUUUCACACAGGACAGCCACAGGACUCCCUUCUCUGACGCCACCAUGCUUUAUAUGCCUGUCUAUUUGUAAAGAGUUUAAUUUUAAAUUUUAAUUUAGCGCUGACGCCUUCUUACAUUUACUUUGUAUGCAUUCUCCUUCUUAAUCCAAAAAUACCCACAUAUUCAUAUGUAUAUUUGUUUUGUGUU